AUGCAUCUCCGCACUCUUACUAUUUGCUCGGUGGUGGCUGUGUCAGCGCUCCCUUUUGCAUCUGUCGAAUUCUAUGCAUUAAAGGCGGAGACUGUCAAAAGCGUUGGGGGGAGCCUGGCUCCUAUCGGCAUUACAAGACGUCUUGAUAUGAGCGACCCAUCUGUUGAUAUCUCUAGGCGUGGAAGCGAGGCAGAUGCUUCUAUCGACAUUGCCAGACGUCUUGAUAUGAGCGACCCAUCUGUUGGUAUCUCUAGGCGUGGAAGCGAGGCAGAUGUUUCGGCGUGCCAAACAGACAAAGCCCUCCGUUGA